UUGAUAUCUUGUUGGACUCACACGUCGUUCUCAUUUAACUCUGUAGAAGAGCAAGGUGAAUCCAAGCUAAUAUAAUCCAAAUUUCCAGUCAGUCAUUUCUUCAAAGUAAGAAAAAUGGACAGCUGUAGAAGACAGAGAUUUAUGAAGAAGCCCUCUUUGGAGGAAGAGGAAAAAAGCCUUGAGGUGGCUCCUCCAGAUGCCUGGAAAGGAGGCAAGGAAGAGAAAGUGGAAGAGGGGCCUCAGGAGUCUCAAAUCCAUAUUGAGGACUAUUGGGACGAUUGGGAUAGUGAUGACGAUGCCGCUGAUGGCGAUGCAAAUGAAGAUGACGCCGCCGAUGGCAAUAAAGAGUACCUGAAGGACUAUGAACAAGAUGCAUGUGAUGACGAUGAUAGUGAUGACGAUGAUAGUGAUGACGAUGAUAGUGAUGGCGAUGAUAGUGAUGACGAUGCCGCCGAUGGCGAUGACAAUGAAAAUGACGCCGCCGAUGUCAAUGAAGAUGAUAAAGACGCCAGCAAUGACAAUGAAGACCACAACUCCAGCAAUGAAUAUGACGAUGAAGACAAGGAAUUGAUGAGGGCUAUUGAACAGAUGAAUAUGUCUCACCCUCUGCGGGGGAACACCGAGGAGACUGACUCCCUUCAGCAGAAGCAGGCUGAAGACCUGAAGGAGUUUGAAGGAGAAAAAAGCCUUGAGGUGGCUCCUCCAGAUGCCUGGAAAGGAGGCAAGGAAGAGAAAGUCGAAGGGGGGCAUCAGGAGUCUCAAAUCCAUAAUGAGGACUAUUGGGACAAUUGGGAUAGUGAUGACGAUGCCGCUGAUGGUGAUGCAAAUGAAGAUGACGCCGCCGAUGGCAAUGCAGAGUACCUGGAGGACUAUGAACAAGAUGCAUGUGAUGACGAUGAUAGUGAUGACGAUGAUAGUGAUGACGAUGAUAGUGAUGACGAUGAUAGUGAUGGCGAUGAUAGUGAUGACGAUGCCGCCGAUGGCGAUGACAAUGAAGAUGACGCCGCCGAUGGCAAUGAAGAUGAUAAAGACGCCAGCAAUGACAAUGAAGACCACAACUCCGGCAAUGAAGAGACUGACUCCCUUCAGCAGAAGCAGGCUGAAGACCUGAAGGAGUUUGAACAAGAUGAUUAUGAUGACAUUGAUAGCGAUGACGAUGAAAACAAUGCCAAUGCCGACAUGUGCAAUGAAGAAACUGCUGGCGCAGACGACGCCUACAACUCUGCUGCAGAUGGCGAUGACAAUGAAGAUGAUGCCGCCGAUGGCAAUGAAGAUGAUAAAGACGCCAGCGAUGACGAUGAAGACCACGACGCCUGCAAUGAAGAUGACGAUGAAGACCACGACGCCGGCAAUGAAGAUGACGAUGAAGAUGCCGACGCCGUUGGUGCAGCCGGCGCUGCAGCCGGCGCUGGCGCUGAUGACGAUGGCGAUGAAUACGAUGACAAUUUGAAUAUGGCUAUUGAACAGCUGAUGGGCACACAGAAUAUGUUUCUCCCUCCCAGUAAGAACCCUGUGCAGGGGAACCACGAGGAGACUGACUCCCUCCAGCAGAAGCAGGCUGAAGACCUGGAGGAGGAACAAGCUAAAACCAGCUCUCUCCGGAGGGAGCAUAAGGUUUCUGUCUCCCAGCAGCUGAAGCAAGAUGAAGAACUGGAGCGUCUGACUCAGAAGAACCAAAAACUGUCCUCUGAGAACAGACGGCUGCAGUCUGUACAAGAAGAGCAGCAGAUGCAAAGUGUGCUGAGAGCCCAGGAGAUUCAAUUCCUGAAAGGCCUUGUUGAAAAUCUUCAAAGUGAAAUUGAACACAAAGAAAAAGAGGCUUCCUCUGCAAAGGACAAAGUCCAGCAGCUGUCCUCAGACUUGGAGGAGGAACAAGGUAAAACCAGCUCUCUCCAGAGGGACCGUAAGGUUUCUGUCUCCCAGCAGCUGAAGCAAGAUGAAGAACUGGAGCGUCUGACCCGAGUAAGUGAAGACCUGGCCCUUGAGAACAAACGGCUGCACGGUGAACUCAAUGCUGCCCACAGAGCGAUCAAGCCCACUCCAAAAAAGGCCCAGGAACAAGAACGCUGCAGAAGGAGCGAGGAGGAAGUACUCAAAGAGAGAGUGGCUGAUCUGCUGAAGUCAGAGAAAGAGCUUCAGCUGUGCAGAGAACAGCAGAGUCAUCAAAUCUGUGAACUGACAGCUGAGCUCCAGAGCAACAAGACGACAAUCGAGACACUCAGGGGGGAUCUGGAGACGAGCCUCAUUCAGCAGAAACAGAUGCAAAGUCUGCUGAAGAGAGAGGAAGCUGAAUGCAAAGAAGGGAUCAGGAGACUGCAGGAGGAGAGGGCUCACGUCACGAAAGAGUGCAACGAGAUUGACAGUCUACAGAAGGAUCUCUCUGAGCAGAAGCUGGCUUUAGAGGAGAGCCUGACAGCAGAACGAUCCCUCAAAAGAGAGAAGAAGCACCUUGAGGAGCUGCUUUCACACCGGCGGAGAAGAGACUCUGCAUCCUCUGAGCAUCUGAAGAGAGAAGUGAAGACAUUAAUGAUGGAGAAGGACAAAAUUAAGUCUAAAUAUCAAGAUCUCUCUGAGCGCCAUGAAGAGAUGCUUUCUACCAGCACUCAGCACAAGGUCGCCAACACUCUGCUCCAGCUCACCAUCAACCAGCUCAAGACCAACGAGACGGAGAGCGACAGAAGACUGGCAGAACUCAAAGACGUUCUCAGAGACGAGAGGAGAAAGAAGUCUGAGCUGCGGCUCAGACUCGAUAAAACGACCUAUGACCUGGAGAGGGAAAGCUCCAACAGUAGGAGAGAGUACCACAAUGAGCUGCAGAAAGCUUUGAGGGAGAACAAGGAGAUCCAGAGAGAGAAGCAGAGAUUGGCCGACGCUCUUCAUAAAGCUGAGCUGACUUACGCCUCCAGCACCAGAUCACAGGAGGAGUUAUACAACAUGCAGCUAAGACAAGUCCGAAACAUGGAGCUCAGGCUCAGUGAGCAGGACACCGACCUGAACCAGAGCAUGAGGAAGCUACGACAAGAGCGAAAUGAGAACUUCGAGCUUGUGGACAAGAACAACAAACUUAUGAGCGACAAUCGCAAGCUGCAGAACGAAAUCAGCGAGCUGCACAUCAGAUACAACAGGCUCAGCAUCACCAGAGAACAAAGACCAUGGUCCAGCUCACUUACAUAAAUAGUUUACUAAAUCCCCCCAGAUGGGUUUCCUCCGGAAUGAUCCAUUUUUUCCCACAGUCAAAAAAACACGACCCCUCAGUUCAUCGGCAACGCUGAAUUAACCAUCCAGAAAUGCAAAAUAAAACACAACAUAAAAAAGAAAUGCAAAAUAAAACAUGAUAAAUAAAAAAUAAAAAACAAAAAAUAAAAAGAAAGCGUCAUGUCUUACUCAAAGUACAUACUUCAUGAAUUUAUGCUCUGGGUGUUUUCUCAGAUGUCUGACUUUGAUUAAUCUGACCUAUGACCUCUGUUAUGAUUUUAAUGUUCAUGUUGUGAAUUGAUCUUUCCACUGUACUGACCCUCUGCUGGCCCACGUUGAUGCGUCUCAGCGACACCUGCAGCACGUACUCCUGGUCGGCGUGGACAUCCAACCAGCUGCUCUCCUCCCUCAGGUUCGCCUUCGCUGCAGGGAGCCGGCGCUCUGUCUGCUCCUUGCAGUCUUCCCACCAGCCCUUCACGCUCAUCUCUACGUCCAGCAGGGGGAGGUGACUCAGGAAGGACCAGGCCUGGAGAGAGAAGGGAGGGAUGAUUUUGUAAUUUAUGUUCUGCGGCUCCAUACCAUGUGAUCA